AUGUUCUCGGUCCUCUCGUACGGGCGGCUGGUGGCCCGCGCCGUCCUCGGCGGCCUCUCGCAGACCGACCCCAGGGCCGGUGGCGGCGGCGGCGGUGACUACGGGCUGGUGACGGCCGGCUGCGGCUUCGGCAAAGACUUCCGUAAGGGCCUUCUCAAGAAGGGCGCGUGCUACGGGGACGACGCGUGCUUCGUGGCCCGGCACCGCUCAGCAGACGUGCUCGGGGUUGCUGAUGGUGUAGGAGGAUGGAGAGACUAUGGAGUUGAUCCAUCUCAGUUCUCAGGGACUUUAAUGCGGACGUGUGAACGGUUAGUAAAAGAAGGACGGUUCGUCCCAAGUAAUCCCAUUGGAAUCCUCACCACGAGCUACUGUGAGUUGCUGCAAAAUAAAGUACCCUUGCUUGGUAGCAGUACUGCCUGCAUUGUGGUGCUGGACAGAACUAGCCACCGCUUACACACAGCAAACCUGGGCGAUUCGGGCUUCCUGGUUGUCAGGGGUGGUGAAGUUGUGCACCGAUCAGAUGAGCAGCAGCAUUACUUCAACACUCCAUUCCAGCUCUCAAUUGCACCACCUGAAGCCGAGGGAGUCGUCCUGAGUGACAGCCCAGAUGCUGCUGAUAGCACAUCUUUUGAUGUCCAGUUAGGAGACAUUAUCCUGACGGCAACAGAUGGACUUUUUGACAACAUGCCUGAUUAUAUGAUCCUUCAGGAGCUAAAAAAGUUAAAGAAUUCAAAUUAUGAGAGUAUACAACAGACGGCAAGAAGCAUUGCUGAGCAAGCCCAUGAGCUGGCCUAUGACCCAAAUUAUAUGUCACCUUUUGCACAGUUUGCAUGUGACAAUGGAUUGAAUGUGAGAGGUGGAAAGCCAGAUGACAUCACCGUCCUUCUUUCAAUAGUGGCUGAGUAUACAGACUGA